ACUGAACGCAAAAAUAAAUUUAUGGAAAACAGUUUAUGGAAUACCCCAGCUGUAAUUUGACAGCCGAUGAUUUGAAAAAAAUCGAUAUCAACAAAAACAUCGAAAAAUGUAGCCUUCCCUAAUUUUAAAUAUCACAUCACUAGCCCGGCUCUGCAACGUACAAAACCUUCUCAUUUCAAAAAUCUGAUUUUCGGAACCGCAUCGUUUUUCCCUGACACAUUAAUAAAAUCCCUUAUAAAAUAUGGCUGAUAUUGAGGAAGUUAAUUUGGACAGGGGUCGGUUCAAGGUUGUAACAAAAAACACCAGCAAGAAGCGACUUAUUGUUGUUUUGGAAGGUGCCCAAUUGGAAGUGGUUAAGGUCAACGACAAGUUUGAGCUGCUGAAUUGCGAUGACCAUGUGGAUAUUUUGCGCCAAAGCCAAAGGGAUCCCGCCACAGUUCGUCCGGAUAUCACCCUCCAGACCCUGACUAUGCUCUACGACUCUCCCUUGCAUAGAGCUGGUUAUCUCCAGGUUUUUGUACACACGGAGAAGAAUGUCCUCAUCGAAGUCAAUCAAGAAACCCUUAUACCCAGAACCUUCAAGGGCUUUGCGCCAUUAAUAGUGAAAUUGCUGAACGAGGGCGAGGUUCGAUCCAAGGAGGACCCCUCCCUGAAACUGUUGAGUGUGAUCAAGAAUCCCAUCUCCGAUCACCUUCCUGUGGGAUGCAAGCGGUACGCCUUGAGCGCCGCUGGUAAACCACUAAAGAAUCUGCGAGAUCUAGUGCCAAAGGAAGAGGAACCAGUGGUCAUCGUCAUGGGAACCUAUGCCUUUGGAAAUCUGACGACUGACUUGACAGAGGAGUUCUUCUCCGUGAGCAGCUAUCCUCUGGCGGCGAAUGACGUGUGCUCCAGACUCGCCACCGCCUUCGCGGAUGCGUGGGGUGUGUUCUAG